AAUGAUUAAUCAGUUAUCAAAACAGUUGCAGAUUAAUUCCCUUUUGAUUAAUUAAAGAGAAUGUGCUGAGUUUAAUUGACUUUAUCGGAGAUUUAAAGGAUUUUACUGAUUUUACAAACUGAAAUUCUAAACUUUGACAGAAACUAUGAGUUUGUUGCCUAUGAAACCAAAAGGCUGUGGAGCUUAAAUCUGCUGAUAAAUGAUCAGGAAUGAGCUAAAUAUAGCGAGGUGAGGCACGGAGAGCACGGAGAGAGGGAUGAAGGGAUUAAAGAGGAGGACAGUGGGUCAAUUGUUUCAUCUUUUCAUUUUUUUAUUAUUAUCAUUAACCUCCAUUUCUUCUUCUGCAGACUGUAAGAAGACGACACAACGAGCAGAAGACAUGGCCGUGGUUAGUGGAACGUACCGCAUGGUGUCGGAGGAGGAGCAGGCCCUCAGGGCCAAGCUGGAGCGGCUCACCGUCAAGGACCACGGGCCAGUGUUUGGACCCUGCGCCAACCUGCCGGACCACACCAAGCAGAAGGCGAAGGACGAGCUGAACGAGACGGAUGAGAAGCGCGUGGCCGCGGUGAAGGAGCUGCGAGGGAUGAUCAAGGAGAAGGCGGAGGCCGGAGACGAGCUGGCGAAGGGCGUCCAGGAAACGUUCGGAGAGAAACCCGACAGUCUGCUGGUCCGAUUCAUCCGAGCCAGGAAGUACGACGUCCCCCGAGCCUUCGACCUCAUGAAGGGCUACGUGCGCUUCAGGAAGGACUACCCGGAGCUCUUUGAGAACCUGACCCCCGAGGCGGUCCGCAGCACCAUCGAGGCCGGCUACCCCGGCAUCCUGCAGAGCCGAGACAAGUACGGCCGCGUGGUUCUCCUCUUCAACAUCGAGAACUGGGACUACGAGGAGAUCACCUUCGAUGAGAUCCUGCGUGCCUACUGUGUGAUCCUGGAGAAGCUGCUGGAGAACGAGGAGACUCAGAUCAACGGAUUCUGCAUCAUCGAGAACUUUAAAGGCUUCACCAUGCAGCAGGCGUCAGGAAUCAAACCCACGGAGCUCAAGAAGAUGGUGGACAUGCUGCAGGAUUCGUUCCCGGCUCGUUUCAAAGCGGUUCACUUCAUCCACCAGCCCUGGUACUUCACCACCACCUACAACGUGGUCAAACCUCUGAUGAAGAGCAAACUGCUGGAGAGAGUGUUUGUUCACGGAGACGAACUGGAGAAUUACUACAAGGAGUUUGACGCCGACAUUCUUCCCUCUGAGUUCGAUGGAAAAGGCUCCAAGUACGACGGGAAGGCGGCCGCCGACAAACUCUUCGUCUAAACGCCUGAAGAAAUAUAUAAAAGCAGAAUCCUGCAGCCGGUGGAGACUGGAAGCCUGAACCCACGCUGCGCGUCAGGAGACAGAAUCACUAUUUAUUUUACUUCUUUAACUCUUCUCUGUCCUCAGUUUAUCUCUGGAGAAUAAAGCUGCAGCGACCACUCCAUUAAUCGGCUAAAAAACUAGUGGAAUCUUGUUUCGUUUUUAGUAAUUUUUGCAAGAAAAAAAAGCCAAACAUUUUCUGGUUGCAUGCUUCUUAAAGGUGCAGUACGAGUUUCUGCUGAUGUUGAGCCUCGGCCUGAGGUCACAGAGCGUCAGUGACCUUUGACCCCAGACCCCAGAGCCUCCAGAUCUCAUGCUGCACCUUUAAAAUGUGAGAUUUUGUUGCUUUUUUUUGUCAGACGUUAUAAUAAACUGAAUGGUUGAAGUUUUUGUAAUGUCAGUCGGAUUAAACGAAUCACUUGAAGACGAUGAUGUCAGCUUGUUUUUCUGUUUUCUGACAUUUAAUGGACAAAAUGAUUCAUCGAGAAAAUAACAGGCAGUUUAUUGUUAACCCUCUGGAGUCCAUGAAACUGCUUCACCAUGUCCUGAAAUA